AAUUGCUAUCCACAAACGCCAACAUCAACUUCAUAUCUGCAGUACGGAACUGGAGGGCUUAUGUGCAUAGAAAAGGUAUCAGAAAUCUCAAAGCAAAGGAAAUCUAAGAGAUGUUUCAAAUCAUUAACAGAUAUGAUGGAAGGUUCACGUCUGCAGCGUUGGCGGUUUGUUUCAUUCCAGUCUGUUUGGUUAUGUUGGUGUUUUUGUCUCCAGGUGGCUCUUACGAAGAUGAGAAUGACGCCACGUACAUAAUCCUUUUCAUUGUCAUCUGCCUUGGUAUACUUUCUACCUUUUUACUGUGGCGAUUUCUUGCCCGCAAUAGAGGAAUGUCGCUGGUCUUAACCCCGUAUAGACAACCCUCACUCCCCAUGAAGAAGGUUUUCCUGUGGAUCUUCGGGUUUACGAGCGUGGCGUACAGCAUCCUCAAUAUGGUGAUUGUCAUUGAUUGUUUGGAGACUUCGUAUCCUUAUAUAAAUUCAGAAAAUUAUAUCUUAGGUCUCUUGCACUCCUCAGGAGAAGUAGUUUUCUUUUUGGGACAAAUCGGAUUUAUAAGUUAUUUUGCUAGCUUUACGUUAGUUAGCACAACGUCAACAAACUACGGCAUUUUGGGAAUGCUUAUUGUACAUGUUAUAGAAUGGAUUCAUAAGUUUCAUUUGAAUAUUCGUCGAAUAGCAGGUACUUCGACUAAUAUGAUCAACAUAACUUCCUAUAACUGUUUUGUGGAAUCUGAAUUUUAUGCCUUGAAGCAGAAAACACACCCAUUUGGAGUUCCCCUCAGAACCUUAUUUUCUUUGUUGGCCGUAGAAAUGCUUCUAAAUAUGUGGCAACCUGCUGAUUUUCAACGUCAGAUGAAUUAUGCCACGGACCAGAGCAGAUGCAGUCGGGAAAAUUCUAGGCAAUCAGAUGAAUUAUCUCCCCUCUUACAAAACAUAGAUGGAUUGAAUGUUAACGCUAUUCAAUCAGAUGUGACCAUUAAUUCGUCAGAUGAUCAUAUCAACAUUGAUAAGGAAACAGCACAAAAUUCCCAAAAUCGCAACACUCGAUUUAUCGUAUGCAUUCUGAUUGGAGUCAUUAAUUCUCUUCCUGUAAUUACCACUUUUCUAUUUGUUAUAGCAACGGUAUCUGUCUCAUCGAGUCACGUGUAUGCGAUGGAAAUUAUGCUUUGUCUUUUAAAUUUAGAGCUACUACUCAUCACCUUAUACACAUUAUGUAAUAUGAGCAAAUCUAUUGAAUGUUACAGCAGAACUAUCGCUGCACGGGGAAAUUGUGUGAUCUUACUGUUCUGUACAUCGUUCGCUGUGUUGUUCUGCGCAUGUCGACUAAUGGCGGGUCUAUUGGUGGAUUCCGAAUGCCAUAUUGAACAGAACCAUUUCCACCUUAAAUACCCAGCUAGCAUUCUAGUGGUAGGGAUGUUUCUCGAAAUAUUCACAAUACUUCUACAAACCAUUCUUGUACGUGUUUCUUCGUUUACUAAACGAAACAAACAAAUUUUCUCUGUCGUGUGCUCAAUGAGAGUUCUUUGUGUCUUGAAUGUGAUUUGUUGGUUUAUGUAUGGUAUUUUCUAUGGAGGGUUUGAUAAAACCAUGAUAAUAGAGAAAUGUUUUUACAAUAAAUACAACUGGGAGUUGAUAAAGAAUAUAGCCCUCCCAAUUUCAGGGUUUUAUCGCUUUCAUUUAUUUACAAGGCUCCAUGAAUGUAGUCUGAAAUGAUUAUUAAAUUCUUAUAAGAGAAUCAUUAAUUCAAUUAGAAUAAUUUAGAUGUCUGAUAGUUUGUAUCUUAAACAGUACUUUAUUUAUUAUGAAUAUCUUCCUUUUGAUGUGCAAUACAUCUUGAUUGGCUUCAUUUAAGGUCUAUAUUAAUUUAUGAUGAUGUUUAUUUAGAAAUGCUUGCAAAAUUAUAUGCAGUACUUCCCUGUUUUAAGCGAUAAAUGUUGGAAAAGGAAGUGAAUUAUUAUUUCUCAAUUCAUCGUUGACUAUACGUAUGAGUUUCACUAUUGUGAGAACAUCGAUAUAUUAUCAUUUUCCUUAUUUGUUUACCUCAUUACUUUUGUAAAGUUUUUGUGAAACAUGAAAUACAUGUAGUACAGCAAUAAAUGAAAGUUCUUGUGUAUUAUAAUGCGAUUUUCAUAUGAAUUUCAAAUUUGAUCAAUAAAAACUUUAUAACUUUA